CUGUCAGCUUAAGUUUUUAGGUUGAACUGGUUUGUGUAUACAACUUAAUAGUGUCUAGCACAUGUCACUGAGCUGCGCAUGUUUAUUAGGUCCUGUUUGAAACCUAAUAGUUAUCUCCUAAAAUUAGUUGUAGAGGUUCCAAACACUUCUAGCUAAUACUCCAUCUCACUGUUAGCUAACUCACAACUAACAAUUAGUUCACUAAUUGACUCAAUCUAUCUAAUAAUUUGUUAGCUGACUAACUAUUAGCGAGCCUAGCUUAGACCCUGUUUGGAACCUCUAGAACUAAUAGUUAGUUACUAAAAAUUAGUUAUUGGGUUCCAAAUAGUCAUAGCUAAUACCAUGGCUAAUAGUUAGGAAUGACAAUUUAACCCGCAAACUCGAAACCCGACGAGUGCAGGUACGGGUGAAGAUUUUGACCCACAGGUCCAACCCACACCCGACCUAAAAUUUUGUUUAUUCAUUAUUUUGCAUAAUAAUGAUUAAGAUAUAAUAUUAAUCAUUUUGAAUAAGUAACUUGGCUAAUGAUUCAUGAAGUGUUUUGUUGCUAUUUAACAUGAGAAUGCUUAAAAUCCAUAGAUAUAACUGAAUUAUUGUUGAUAUUUAAUCCUUAUCUGGUGCACACUAGACACGCCGAUGAUAUACCAAUUCUAAACAAGAAUGACCCAUGUCAGGUGGCACAUAUCCUAUGCACACUAGACAUAUCUGGUGCCUCUAUUGCACUAUCAACUCCCUUGUUUCAAACACUUUUUGAGUUGGGUUUUAUCUCAAACUUCUCAUGGGUUUUCAUGGACAAUUAUUGCACUGUCGUCUCGCUCUAACAUCGUCAUUAGUCACUCUUCAUGUGUGAAUUCAACAUCUCCAUGACAUGUCAUUUGUACUUUCCUCCUUGGCCUCUUGAAUUAUUAAAAAAUCAACCCUUCCAUUUGAAUUCCUCAAUUCUGCAAAUUUCUUUAUUCAUAAUCCUCUUAUAUUUCAUUCUUUUUCAACAUUUCUUCUACCUCAAACACCAAUUCAGCAAGAAUAACUCUCAAAUUGGAAACAAAACAUGUGUUGGUUAGAUGGUUUGAAAAAUACAAGCAUUCAAAGAUCAUCGAAUCAAACUAUUUCUUCAUUGAUAAAUAGUCACAACAUCCCAAAAAGUGUAAUUCUUAUUUUUCGAUGAGUUAAAUAAUUUUAAGUAUGACCAAAUCUCUUAAAAAUGGUAGCAUUUUUAUGAUGUCAAAUAAGUAUUAUCAGAUGAAUGGUAAAAAUAAUUUUAUAGCAAACCUAUUUGAAAACAUAAAUGUUAUGGUAUGUUUUUUUUAAAACUUAGUCGAGCUUAGAAAAACUUAGGCCCUGUUUGGUUCCCUUAGUCACUAGACUAAAUUUUAGUGACUAAAGAUAAGUCGCUAAAGUACUCCGUUUGGUUCUAGUGACUAAACCAGACUAAAUAGCAUUAAUUGCUGUGAAUAAUGACUAUUUUACUCCUAUUAAUUAAUGGAUGUUUGCUAUAAGAAGAAAGUGGAGAGGACAAAUAAGGUAAAAAUACUACUUUAGUCCUUUUUAGUCACCCGUUAGUGACUAAAGAACUAAAGUUUAGUCACUCCAUUUUAGUCAUCAUGUUUGCUUUUUUAGAGACUAAAAGUGACUAAACUUUAGUCACUAAACUUUAGUCACCCUAAACCAAACAGGGCCUUAGUUUAGUCCAAUUAUAUUGUUUUUGGGCAGAUCUUAGUGUCUGCAUUUAUUCAUACAGCUGGGGCAGUUGUUGCAUUUCAUGCAUUUUUUAAUCAUUUUUUUAAUAUUGUGGCACUCCGAGAGUUGUUUUUUUUCUUUCUAUUUUUAGUUGUGCGUGGAUACUGUAUGAUUGACAGCUACGUGCCGCAAGCCUGGCACACUUGUGGCCAACUUCAUUUAGGAAUACCAAGAAAGGCGCUUCAGACUAGGCGAGAUUAUGGAGCUAAGAUUAGUGCUUGACGACGAAUUUCAAUAGCCCCAAACUUUUGUGCUGGAGUUUUUGGCGACCAAGGGAAGCCAUCAAAUAAUAAUCUCGACCAAUGGCGGCACCAACGGUGGUGCUCAUCCCGUUCUGCGUCACCGGCCACCUGACGUCCAUGCUCCAAGCCGGCAAGCGGAUGCUGAUGAGCGGCGGCGGCGACCUGGCCAUGUCGCUCACCGUGCUCCUCGCGCCACUGCCGAUGGCCAGGUUCGCGCACAUCGUAGAGCGGGAGGCCACCUCGGGCUCGGGGUUCGACAUCCGCUUCCACCGCCUCCCUGACGUGGAGCUCCCCGCCUUCUCCGGCCCGGAGGACAUGAUCUCCAGUUUCAUCCAGCUGCAGGCGUCCAACACCAAGGCGGCCAUUGCCGGCCUGGCAAGCCCCGUCGCCGCCGUCGUCAUGGACUACUUUUGCACCACGCUGUUCGACGUCGCCCGCGAGUUGGCACUGCCGGUGUACGUGUACUUCACGUCCCCGGCCUCCAUGCUCGCGCUCAUGCUGCGGUUGCCGACGCUGGACCGGGAAGUUGCCGGGGAUUUUGGGGAGGCGGAAACGGCGUUCAACGUGCCUGGUAUGCCGCCGGUGCCAGCGGCUUUCCUGCCGAAUGCCGUGAUGAAGAGGGAUUCGGGCUACACGUGGAGCAUGUACCACGCUAACCGGUUCAUGGAGGCCGCCGGCAUCAUCAUCAACACGGUGGCGGAGCUCGAGCCGGAAGCCCUCGCGGCCGUCGCUGACGGCCGGUGCAUGCCCGGGCGCCGCGCCCCGACCAUCUACCCGAUCGGUCCCGUGAUCGCCUUUGAUCCGCCUGCCGAGCAGCCACACGAGUGCCUGCGCUGGCUGGACGCGCAGCCGCGUUCGUCCGUGGUCCUGCUCUGCUUCGGCAGCAUGGGCAACCUGUCCGUGCCGCAGGUGCACGAGAUCGCUGAGGGCCUGCAACGCAGCGAGUACCGGUUCCUGUGGGUGCUCCGUGGCCCGCCGCCAGCCGGGUCGCCGUACCCGACCGACGCCAACGUGGACGAGCUGGUGCCGGGUGGUUUCCUGGAGAGGACCAAGGAAAGGGGCCUCGUGUGGCCGAGAUGGGCGCCGCAGAAGGAGAUCUUGUCGCACCCCUCCAUCGGGGGCUUCGUGUCGCACGGCGGGUGGAACUCGACGCUGGAGAGCCUGUGGCACGGCGUGCCGCUGGUGGCGUGGCCGCUGUACGCGGAGCAGCACAUGAACGCGUUCAUGCUUGUGGCGUCCCUGGGCGUCGCCGUGGCGAUGGAGGUGGACAGGAAGCGGGGCAACUUUGUGGAGGCCGCGGAGCUGGAGCGCGCGGUGCGGACGCUGAUGGGCGCGUCGGAGGAGGGGAGGAAGGCGAGGGCGAAGGCCGCUGAGGCCAAGGCCGCGUGCCGGAACGCCGGAGAGGAAGGCGGGUCGUCGUGUGCCACGUUGCAGAGACUGAUGUGCGAGAUUUCGCGACACCGAGGGGGGUGAAGGCUGCGUACGAGGAUGUUCCGUAGAUUGCUUGGUUAACAUUUUUUUUAUAAAUCUGAAAAUAUGAUGAGCACGAAGCCAAAUACAAUAUUUAUUUUAAAAUAGAAGAAAUAUACUGUCUAUAUUCUAAAAUAAUUAUCGCUAUAAUAUUUAUGUUAGAUAAAUUAUUUGAGCAUUAUAUAGAGAACUCAUAAAAAAUAUUAUUUAACUUGCUCUAAAAACAGAGAACUCAUAACAGAAUACAUGUACACCAUUGGAUGGCUGGUGGACAGAGCCUCCUGAUUGAACUCUGUGGGCAUCACUUUCCCGGGUGCACCGCGCCUUCGACGAGCGCAUCACAGAGCCUCUGCAACGACAUGUUCGAUGAUCCGCCCUCCUCCAUUGCCUUCCGGCACGCGGCUUUUAUCUCCAUGACCUUGUCCCUAACCUUCCUCGCUGUCUCGCCGUCGCACAUCAGAGCUUUAACCGCUCGCUCCAGCUCGGUCGCCUCCACGAAAUUCUUCCUCUUCCUUUCCACGUUCAGCGCCACGGCGACGCCCAUGUCGGCCACCAGCGUGAACGCGUUGUAGUGCUGCUCGGCGCCAAGCGGCCAUGGCACCAUCGGCACGCCAUGCCAGAGGCUCUCGAGGACCGAGUUCCAGCCACAGUGCGUGACGAAGCCUCCCACGGCGGCGUGGGCGAGUAUCUCCUUCUGCGGCGCCUUGGUAGGCCACACGAGCCCUCUAUCCUUCGUCCUCGCCAAGAAAUCCGCCGGAAGCAGCUCCGCGAGGUUCCCGUCCGAGGGCAACUUCGUGCCGGGCUCCGGCGUCCCGCGCAGCACCCACAGGAAUCGAUGCCCGCUGCGGUCCAGGCCGUGCGCUAUCUCGUGCGCUUGGGGCGCCGUGAAGCAGCCACCGCUGCCGAAGCAUAGGAACACCACGGAGCUCGGAGGCUGCGAGUCGAGCCAGCGCACGCACUCCUGCGCCUGCUGCUCGGCGGGCGGGGUGGAGGGGAUCACCGGCCCGAUCGAGUACACCGGAGGUGCCGGGACACCACGCGUGCACCGCCCGUCGGCGAUGGCCGCGAGGACGCGCGGCUCGGCCUCGGCAAUGGUGUUGACGAUGAUGCCUGCUGCUUCCAUAUAGCGCCUGCCGUUGUACAGGAACCAGCGAUAGGUCGGGAUCUUUCUGUUCUCCAGCCCCGUCGGCAGGCAGGACGCCGGCACCGGCGGCAGCCCUGGCACGUCCACUCCGCCUUCCAUUUGCUCGAACUCGACCUCGACGGCUACCUCCUCGUCGAGCGUCGGGGAGCGCAGCAAGAGCGCGCACAUCGCGGCGCUGGUGAUCAGGUACACGUAGGCCGGCACGCCGAGCUGGUGCGCCGCGUCGAACAGCGCCGUGCAGAAGAUGUCGACAACGACGCCGGCCACCGGGCACGUCAACCCGGCGACGGCCGCCUUGACGUGGGGCGAGUACAGCUGCACGUAGCGGGAUAUGUACUCCUCGAUGCCCGAGUGGUCGGUUGGGGGUUCCACCGCUGGCAGAUGGUGGAAGCGGAUGGCGAGGCCGGAGGCUUCCUGCUGGCGUAUGUGCUCGGUGAUCUCGGACGCCCGCUUCGCCUCUGCAGGCAACGGCAUUACGAGCACGGUGACGGUGAGGGGCAGUGCGCUGCGUGCGAGCAGCCGCUUGCCGACCUCGAGCAUUGGUACGAAGUGGCCAAUGCCCCAGACGGGCACCAGAACGAUGGUCGGGGUAGCAGCCAUUGCUGGAUCGACGUUUCUAGUGCGGCAAGAAACAGGAUGUGUGAGGGAAGUGGCUAACGAAGUAA